UUUAUUCAAAGAAAUAGAAAAUCUUGCAUUAUAAUAUCGAGUUUUAUGAGAUAUUAAUUAGCUUUAAAUAUGAGCAGUGGCGGCGCGAGCGGGGAGGGGAGUGCCCCCCUGCUUUUAGAAAAAAGUACGAUUUCUGAGCUGACUUUCUCGUUUGGGACCCAUUUGUUUUCUCCUUUUUUGCCAUUUUAGAUUCGAAAACUGGGGGGUAGGUCUACAGAAUCCCUUGAAACCUAAACCAACGACCUUCUUUUUCUUUUUUGAUCAUCAGUUUUGAUUUUUAGGCAGUUAAGGCGGAAAAGUUUUUGAAAAAUCCAUGAAAACUGAAACUGAGAAAUUUUUUUUUCUUUCUCGCGUUUUGUGAUUACCUUCCUCCUGCUUUUAGCUCUUCGCGCCGCCACUGAAUAUGAGUGAAAAUAUCAUGCUUAUUUAUCUCGAUUGACUAUGCAUAGUUCCAGUUUCACGAAAAAAGAAUUAUAGGCUUUGAUCCGGAUGUAAAAUAGUCGAAGUUUAUGCAUUUGUGAAUCUUUCGAUUGUGCAAAGACGGAUCAUUCUCAUCGAUUAAAGUUGUACUAGCAUAGAAAGCGAUGGUUACAAAAGUUCGAUGAAUAUUCGAAUGAGAAUGAAAGAAGUAUAGAUGUAAAUACAAUGAGUUGUUUCUACAAUUCGAACAGAAGGAUAUCUCUUAUGAUAAAUGAUGGUACGAAGUUAUUUCUAAAAAUAUUCUAUUUAGCUCUACAUGUUCAUAUACAAAAAUAUACUGAUACAGUUACAACAUUUGAUAAUCUGUGUGAAAAAUUAAAAUUUCAACCAUGUUUUGUUUAUGAAGAAUCGUUACGUAUUCAAGUUCUUUGUGCACAACAUGAAGCUGGUUUAUGGAAACGAAAUGGUCAUUCAUUAUCGAAUCAAAUUUAUUAUUAUUCGAAUGUUAAAUGUCGAAAAGAAAUGUAUGAUCGUGAUAUACUUGCAUUACAAGUUGGUGCUUCAUUAAAACCAGCUGAUACAUAUUUAAUUCAACUUUUACAUAAAUUUAAUUUAUUAGAUUGGGUUCGAAGUCCAGAAAAUGGACAUUCAUCAGAUACAGAAUCAAAAAUAAAAGCUAAAGUUCGUAUAAUGGAAGAAUUUCUUCAUCUAUUAAUUAUUAUUGUUGGUGAACGACAUGAACAAGGUGUCGGAAAAGUUACACGUGAACAAAAAUUAACUCGCGAAGUUAUACAUCAAUUAUGUAUAUCACCAAUGGCACAUUCAGAGUUAGUACGAGGAUUACAAGAUUGUGGACAAUUAGAAACAGGAUCAGGAGAUCUUGAAGCUAUAUUAAAAGAAGUAGCUGAUUUCAAACGAGGUACUGCAACAAAAGGAAAUUAUGAAUUAAAAGCAGAUAGAUUAUCUGAAUACAAUCAAUUUUAUUAUCAUUAUACAAAAGCAGAUCAAUGCAAAUCUGAAGAAUAUGUAAUUAAACGUCGAAAACAAAAUGAUGAUAGUAAUGUAACCUCAUUAUUCAUUCCCUGUCCACCAUUAUUUACCGAUGCAUUUCAACCGAUAGUACAUAUUCUUGAUAGUGAUAUAUUUUUAAUAUUACUUAAAGCAUGUCUCUAUCGAUCGACUGAUCCAAAAGCUCAAGUAUGGUCUGAAGCUAUUCUUAAUCGAGCAUUACAUUUAAUAACUUUAGCUUUUUAUGAACAAGAACGUACGUCUAAUUUUGAGUUUUAUUCUAAAAGUCAAAAAUUUGAAAUUGAUCAAUUAUUUAAUCAAUUAUAUAUGAAUACACCAUCAAAAGCCGAUUCAUGUAAAGAAUUACUCAAUCAUGUUUAUAAACUUUAUCGAAAACUUAAUACAACAAAUGAACAAAUAAGUACAACAAUGGGGAUGACAACAACAACAACAAUUUCUACACAACAAGAAACAGUUGAUUUAAAUAAACGAGCACAACGUAAACGAAAAGAUUUAGCUGCACAAAAACGUGCAAAAAUUAUUGCACAAAUGACUGAAUUACAAAAGAAUUUCAUUGAAAAAAAUAUUCAAUCAUACUCAGAUAAUAUGGAUGAUCAACAAUCAACAGAUCAACAAAUUCUAUCAACUUCACCAAAUACUUCAACAAAAUUUGAACCUAUGAUGAUUGAUGAUACAUAUCCAAAUAUUCAAUCAUGUCUUGGUACAAAUGAUAUGGAAUUCACUCAAUCAAAUAAACAAUUAUUAACAUGUAUUUUUUGUCAAGAAAAUAGCGAAGUUAAACUUAAUUCUGAAGCCUUAGUACUUUCAGCUUAUGUACAAAAUUCAAGAGUUUUAUCAAAAAAUAGAACACGAAGAAUCGAAAAUUGGGAUGUAUUUGAUCCAACUUUUAUGUCAAAUGAUCUUCAUUGGGGUGUACAUGUUUCAUCAUGUGGUCAUGCUAUUCACGCUUCGUGUUGGACUAAAUAUCACAAUUCGAUAACAUCACAAGAUCAUCGUCGAACAUUACGUAUGCGUGGUUCAGCAAAUUAUGAUACGGAACGAAAUGAAUUUCUUUGUCCAUUAUGUCAAACAUUAAGUAAUACGAUUAUACCAGUUUUACCAUCAUUACGUACAUUUGCUCGUGAAAGAAAAUUAGCACAAAUGUCAUUUAAUGAAUGGUUAGAUGGUUUAGAAAAAGCACUUAAUGGUAGUAUUGAAUCACGUUAUGAAAUUGAAACACAGGAAGAACAAUUAUUUUUUAAUCCAUGUCCAUUAACAUCAAUAACAAAAAUGAUGGCUGAACGUGCUGCACAAAAUUUUCAAUUAUUAUUUGGUUUUGCUGGUGAUUCAAAAGUACAAGAGUUUUCUGAUAGUAUUCGUGAACGUUUAAUAAGUUUUGCUAAAAAUAUUUAUGCGUUUGGAUUAAAUGUUGAUCCAGAAGAUGAUAAUGAUCGUAUUCCAAUAAUUCUUUGGUCAUCAUGUGCUUAUACAAUACAAUCAACUGAACAAGUACUUCGUAUUGAUUCAAAAUCAAUAUUUUCUCAAUUAUCAAUUCGACAAAAUGAAUUAAUAAGUUGUUUAACAAAAGUUGCUGCUGUUUAUGGUUUAUUAAAGGAUAACGAGAAAAUACGAAAACAUUGUUUAAAAUUAUUAUCAGUACUUCUUCUAUCACGAACAAAUAUACAAAUACCAUCAUUAGCUGAUAUUGAUCUAUUUCAUUUACUUGUUUCACUUUGUUUUACUUUACCUAUAUUAUUUGCAUCAAAAGAUAUAUCACCAUCAUUAACAAAUGUCCCAACUGGAAAUCUCAAUAAUCUUUAUCUUAUGAGACUUAUUUUUAUGGCACAUUGUAUACAAAUUCUUUCAAGUGAAGGAUUUUUAUAUGAAAAUAAAAAUGAUAAUUAUCAAACACAUACAAAUGUUCAAAAUAAGAAUAAUGAUGAUGCAGAAAUACAAAUCCUUCAAAAAUUAAUAGAAAAAAUUAUGAAAAAUCAAAUAUCUUCAUCUUCAUCAACUAAUUUAUUAUCUCCGGAAGAAAUUCGAGAUAAAUUAAAACAAUCCGUACUUCCAUUACUUCGAUGCUCUGCACUUUUCUAUCAUCAUCUAACAGGAACUUCAUGGCCAGUUGAAUCAGGAUUAGAUGAAUAUUCAACAAUUUGUCAUUAUCUUGGUUUACCAAUAUGUCUAUCGAAAUUAUUUGAUAUCGAAAAUGAACGUUGUUUAAAUGAUCUCAUAAAUAAUUGGAUAUCGAAUUUAUCAACGAGUAAAUCAUUAAUUAAAUAUCCAGUAUCAGUCAAUGAACUAUAUCAAUUACCAAAAGAAUAUAUCGAUCUGAUGAAUCAAGUAUCGCAAGGUGUUGCACCAUAUAAAUAUGCACGUGAUGAAAUUCGAUCACCAUGUAUAUGUUUGAUAUGUGGUGAAGUUGUUGUUCGUUCAGCAUCAUCAUCAACACCAACUCCAAUAUCAACAAAUAGUAUUAUAUCAGCAUUUCUUAAUAUUGAUCAAACACUUGGACCAUGUAAUCUUCAUACUCAACAAUGUUGUGGUUCAGUUGGACUUUAUUUACGUGUAAAAGAAUGUUCAUUAUUAUUACUCAAUAUAGUUAAUGAUGGACGUGUAAAUAAAACACGUGGAACACUUAUGGCUGCUCCAUAUUUAGAUGAUUAUGGAGAAACAGAUCAAAAUUUAAGACGUGGAAAUCCAUUACAUCUAUGUGAUGAACGAUAUCUUGCAUUAUAUCGACGAUGGUUAGGACAUUCUAUACCAGAAGAUAUAUCACGAAACAUGGAAUUAAGCAAUACAUCAAUUUAUGGACAUAAUUGGAGUCAAUUUUAG